CUCUCUCUCUCUAAAUAAAUAAGAAGGGUGUCGUGGUCAGAUCUCUCACCGUAUAUUAACCACUCCGAUAUUCCAGUUGCAAGUUCUUGAAUCUCUCUUUCUCUCUGUAUCAGGGAUUCUAUGGGAAUGGAGGGCCAUGGUGCAGGCACCCUCAUCCUGCAUCUAGCCUGCAACUCCAAACCAUAACCCUAACUCCAAUCCUAGUAUCUCUCAAGGUUUGUAACUGUUCACAGCAACAGAGAUCGUUGCAGCAUCUAAUGCCAAGGGAAUCCACAUCCAAUGAUGCUCUUGGAUCACAAGAAAACGUGAAGCUUGAGCUAUGGCCUCUAUUCAUUGGUUAUCGAUUGCCCACUUAAUAGACCCAUUUGAGCUCUUUGAUUCAGCCAAUAACUAUGUGGUUUGAUCGCUGAUUAGCCACAGAGAGAGAGAGAGAGAGAGAGAGAGAGAGAGAGAGAGAGAGACUUGGUUGAGUUGUCGGGGUUAGAACAAGUAACCAUGUGGAGCUUAGCUUCGAGUGCUAUAUCAGGAACCUUAGGGCUAAAGGCCCAUCAACCCCACCACCACACUCUGAACCCUAAUUCUGAAUGCUCAGAUGAUGAUGCUUCCUCUUCGAGCUCAAGCAGGGAGGAAGGACUCGAGUGCCCUGUUUGUUGGGAGUCUUUCAACAUAGUUGAGAAUGUCCCUUAUGUUCUAUGGUGUGGCCACACUCUAUGCAAGAAUUGUGUUCUUGGCUUACAAUGGGCUGUCAUCAAGUUUCCCAAUUUGCCCCUGCAGCUCCCCCUUUUCAUCUCCUGCCCGUGGUGUCAAUUACUAUCAUUUCGCCUCGUUUGGAAGGGUACUCUCAAAUUCCCUCGAAAAAAUUUCUUCUUACUUUGGAUGGUUGAAAGCAUGAAUGGUGAUCGAACAAAAUCCCAUACUGCCCUCUGUGGGGACCAAACAGGGUGGCCCACCCCAGUUGUGUCCCAUGUCCGGCGGGCUCUGAACUCUCGUGUCGAGCAAAAUCCUAACCCUAACCCAAACGCUGGUCACCGGCACCCUAAUCUUCUCAACGUCGAGAGGCUGAACUCUUCUUUGAGGAAAUCACUGGUUUUCUUCGUACACUUGACUGCUAAGUUUCCCUUGGUCCUCAUAUUGCUUCUCAUCAUAGUGUAUGUGAUUCCGGCUAGUGCAAUUAUCUUGGCUCUCUAUGUUCUCGUGACUGUCUUGUUUGCCUUGCCAUCUUUCCUUAUAUUAUAUUUUGCAUACCCAAGUUUGGAUUGGCUGGUCAGAGAGAUAGUCACUUGAGCAAUGGUGGCCUUCUUCGAACCCUAUUGACUGUUUUGUCCCUCUGCAAAAUUGGUUGAUAUGGAGUGAUUUGCCGACUUGCCUGCCUUUCUGAGGGUCUCAUUUUGGAGACAGAAAACUCGGGUAGCUUCUCUCAACAACCUGUUUGGGGUUUUGUCAUAAUUAAUGAGAAAGAACUGUGGUCGUAUCCUCUCUCUACAUGUUUUUGGGUUCGUUUACCUGUUUGUCACCGAAUGGUGAUGUUUUAAUGCUUUGAAGAUGGUGGGAGUUAUCAUGGAUUUUGUUGCAUGGAAUGUAAGUGGUGCUCUUCCUCAUCAAAAAGGAAAAGAAAAAUAGGGAAAAGUAAAGAGAAAGAAAAAGAAUGGCAGAGCUGGCCCCUUACUCAUCAAAAACUGAUGAGGAGAAAAAGCAUGGAAGAGCUGGUUCUUUUGGGUGAGCAUGGAUCUUGUUAUAUGCAGGAAGAGAGAUGCAUGCAACUAAGUUAAGGGUUUUUGUUUAUUUGUGACUUUUUAGGGUUUUGGUUCUUUGGUGACUGUUGUGUGUUUUGAGACUCUGUAGUUCCAAGCUUUUGUUCAUGGCUUGUUGAUUAUGUGUGGUUUUACGCUUCGUUAUGGUCUUGUACAUGGGCUUUGGCUAUUUCUUCCUAUUUUUAUAUGAGGUCCAUCCGUCCCUCAUGAUUUUCUCCUUUA